AUGGCGCCGCUCGGGCGAAGCAUCGAAAUGGCGACCCUCAAGUUGCGCGAGGACUCGGUAGCGCAUGGCAGCAGUUAUACCAUGCGGGAACCCAUCUACGACGAUGUCCCACCUGAUAGUGUUACCACCCGCUUUAUAAAUAGCUUCAGACGAGAUCCGAGCCGACGUGUAACACCGCUAGAUCCGAAAAUCGAAGCUGCUGCGAGAGCCGAGGAAGCAAACCAUCUUGGUAUUCGAUAUUAUGAUAUUCGUCAAGCGACCCUCCAGACGGCACACUCCGGCCUCGCACGGAAGCUGAAAGGCAGACAUCUUCAGAUGAUCGCCAUUGGAGGCUCCAUUGGCACGGGUCUCUUUGUUGCGUCUGGGCAAGCGCUCAACCAUGGUGGACCAGCGUCAUUGCUUAUUGCCUUUUCGCUUAUCGGUAUCAUGCUCUACUGUACAACACAAGCUCUCGCUGAGCUUGCCGUAGCCUUCCCCGUUGCGGGUUCAUUUUCGUCCUACUCCACGCGGUUUUUGGACCCGUCCUGGGGUUUCGCCAUGGGCUGGAACUACGCGCUUCAGUGGUUGGUAAUUCUGCCACUUGAAAUUGUCGCCGCCACGAUUACUAUAACAUACUGGAACAAGGACAUAGCCAAGGCCGGGUUUGUUACUCUUUUCCUCUUCGUAGUUAUGGGAUCCAACCUGGCUGGGGUUAGGGUCUAUGGUGAGGUGGAAUUUACCUUCGCCAUGGUCAAGGUUAUCGCUGUUAUCGCCUUCAUUCUACUUGGCAUCGUGAUAAAUUGUGGCGGAUAUCCUGGCGGAGGCUAUAUCGGCGGCCAAUAUUGGCAGAAACCCGGCGCGUUCAACAACGGCUUCAAGGGACUCUGCAGCGUCUUCGUCACUGCUGCAUUUUCCUUUGCCGGCACCGAGUUGGUCGGUCUGGCGGCAGCAGAGACAGCGAACCCCAGAAAGUCGCUACCAACCGCCGUAAAACAAGUUUUCUGGAGAAUCACCCUCUUCUACGUCGUUGCACUCACCUUGGUGGGGCUUCUAGUUCCCUACAAUGAGCCAAGGCUUCUUUCAGAGAACAGCGACACGAGCGGCGUACUCACGGCGAACGCCUCUCCAUUCGUUAUCGCCAUCGAGAAAGCACGCAUCGCCGUGAUUCCGUCAGUGAUGAACGCGGUAAUUCUUGUUGCCGUUCUCUCUGUGGGGAAUUCCGCCGUCUUCGGUUCCUCACGUACCAUGGCGGCACUUGCGGACCAGAACCUCGCGCCGCCUUUCUUGUCCUACAUUGACCGCAAAGGACGACCGCUGAUGGCCAUUCUCAUUGCUGGCAUCAUCGGCCUCCUUUCCUACAUUGCCGAGGUGGAAAACCAGGAGAUCGUGCUCGAUUGGCUCCUGGCUUCCUCUGGCCUCUCGUCCAUCUUCACGUGGGGCUCUAUAUGCCUCUGUCACAUUCGCUUCCGCAAGGCGUGGGCACACAAGGGCCGGAAGCUCGAAGACCUCGCCUACCGCAGUCAGAUUGGUAUAAUAGGCUCGUAUAUUGGCCUCUCAAUGAAUCUCCUCGUGCUCGUUGCCCAGUUUUGGGUCGGCGCCUUCCCGAUCGGCUGGAGGGAUAUGACAUCGCGACAGCUCGCCGAGAGUUUCUUCCUCAAGUACAUGGCAGCGCCGAUUGUUUGCAGCUUUUACGUGUGCCACAAGCUUUACUACCGGACAAGGAUUGUGCGCAUAGAGGACUUGGAUAUCGACACUGGGCGGAGGGAGUUUGCCCUGCCGAUAUUGGUGGCUAGGGAGGCGGAAGAGAAGAGGGCAUGGCCUAGAUGGAAGAAGGUUUACAAGUUCCUCUGUUGA